GUAGGUACUUACUACCCACAAAUAUUAUGCAAUAACCGACUUCUAGGGAAAAAUGACCUACUUCCAUUACAGGGUGUGCUACAUUUUUGUUUUAAGGACAUAUUUUAUAUCAAAUGUCGUUGCUGUUUAAGUUGAGUGAUAUCUAGUGGAAAUAAAAAAAAAAUAAAAUAACUUAUACUCCUACUUUCAACCUUUAAUUAUGUGUAUGUGUAGUGUACCACAUAGUUUAAAAGAAUUUACAUAAACUUUUACUAGUAGGUACGUCUAAUUGUAACUUAAGAUUAAUUAUUGUAUUGAAAACAAACGACAAGAUUGUAAUCUGGGUGUUUAUAUGAUUUUAUAAUCGGACGAAUUUUACAAAAUUGUCAUAAUAAUUGAAAGGCGACGGAGCGUUAUUAAACCUCUCGUAUAUAAAUGGUAAACCGGGAAACCGUAUGAUUAAAUAGUUCAGGCAGUGGAGGAUAGAACACCAAUAAGGAUUUUAACAGUAGUGAUUUAUUGUUUUUAGUGUUCGUUAGAGAUGAGAGUGUUUUAAAGAAAAUUCAGACAUACUUAUAUAUCAUCCCUAACUGUUACGAGGUUUCUGUUUUUGAAAAAUGAAGGUGAUUACUCUUGUUCUGUUGGUGUCUCAGUUGUCCGAUUGUGCAAAUGUGUUUCAAAAAUUGUUUGAAUGGAAAGCAUUGGACUAUGCGUUCCCUAGUGUACAGGAUAAAGUAAAGGCCCUUCUUACCAACAGAUUUAUCCCAGAAAAUAAUCUUCCUGUGGGGAUUGAAAUAUGGAAUGAUAAACUUUUUGUUACAGUACCUCGAUGGAGACAAGGAAUUCCAUCUACUUUAAACUAUGUCCCGCUGCAUCAAGAUGGUCCUCUAUCUCCCUUAUUAAUACCUUAUCCCAGCUGGCAACAUAAUGAAGCUGGUAACUGCGAAGAAGGCCUGACCACAGUUUAUAGGAUAAAAGCUGACGAAUGCGACAGAUUAUGGGUUUUGGACACGGGGACCUUCGGAAUUGAUACCUCAACAACUAACCCUUGUCCGUAUGCUCUAAAUGUCUUUGAUUUACAUACGAAUCUUCGUUUGCGAAGAUAUGAGUUACGAAAAGAUGACAUAAAAGCAGACACCUUUAUUGCCAACAUAGCAGUAGACGUUAGAAAGUCUUGUGACGAUACAUUUGCUUAUAUGAGCGAUGAAUUAGGUUACGGAUUAAUUGUUUAUUCGUGGGAUUUGAACAAAUCAUGGAGAUUUGAACACAGCUAUUUUAUGCCUGAUCCCUUGGCCGGUGAUUUCAAUAUUGGAGGACUGAAUUUCCAGUGGGGAGAAGAAGGAAUAUUUGGAAUGUCUUUAUCUCCUAUUCAAGAAGAUGGAUUCAGAGUCUUGUAUUUCAGUCCUUUGGCUUCGAAUCGAGAAUUUGCUGUGUCAACGAAGAUUCUACGUGACGAGAUAAAAGUAGAAGAUAGCUAUCACGAUUUCGUAGCUUUGGAGGAUAGAGGACCCGACUCGCAUACGACAGCGAGGGUUAUGGAUGAAAAUGGUAUUCAAUUUUUCAAUUUAAUCGAUAGAAAUGCGGUAGGUUGUUGGAACUACAAGCUAUUAUAUCAUCCAACAAAUUUAGGCGUUGUUGAUAGAGAUGAUGAAGAAAUGAUAUUUCCUUGUGACGUCAAAGUAGAUAGGAAUCGUUAUGUGUGGAUUAUGACGGAUCGUAUGCCCAAUUUCCUUCUAUCAAACCUCAAUUAUUCUGAUGUCAAUUUUAGAGUCUUUUUUGCCCCAAUAGACAGAUUAAUACACGGAACUCCGUGCCAGCCUAGGAUUGACAACAAUUAUCUUCCUCUAUAUCCACAAGGUGUUAAUAAUAACGGUUGGAGUAUUGCGGGUAGAGUGCCCUAUGGUCAUCCGUUAUACGGUAUAGGAUAUCCAGGCGUAGGGUCUAGCAAAGGAAAUGCUUUUCCAGGCCUUUACGGUAAUAGACUGUACCCAGGAGGGUCGCCUGGAUAUGGGCAAUACCCAUUAGGUUUAAAUGGUAAUGGACAACCUCCUUUAGGUUCGUCUGGUAAUGGAGAAUCCCCAAUACCAUUACCUGGUAAUGGACAACCUUCAAUAGCUUUACCAAGCAAUGGACAACUUCCGAUACCAUUGCCUGCUAACGGACAACCAAAAGGGUUACUACCAGAUAAUGGACAGCUUCCAAUAAUACCUGGAAAUGGACAACUGGCGCCAGGAUGGACUGGUAAUAGCUUACCAUCCGCAGGAUGGUCCGAUAAAGGACAACCGCCGAAUGGGUGGUCUAAUAAAGGACAACCAUCAAAUGGCUGGUCCGAUAAAGGACAGCCAAUAAGUGGGUGGACCAACAAAGGUCAAAUACCACAAAUACUCUUAGACGGCCAGGGAUGGCAGGAUAAACGUCCUUUACCUGGCACUUAUUAUCAAGGUCUUCUUCCAAAUGUAAGCGGUACGUCUACCAAACAACAACUUUACUUUACUCUCCUAACAUCAAAGCCUAAAGUCGGAUAAACUUUAAUUUCAAUCUGUAUAUGUUUUUAUCAUUUAAAGCAACAAU